CAUACUCGUUAAAGAAGUCAGAAAAAUCUUCGCCCAAUCGUUGCAAUGAACAACAGCGACAGGCAAAAAUCCCAAUUGUUCCAUACACAACCGGAUGCGAACAAUGCAUGGAAACCGAAAUAUUGGAAACCAAAAUUGUGGAAACUUAUCCGAAACAAUCUGCUGGUGAUCGCAACAUUUUCCGCUGUUUUAUCGGGCAUAAUCGUCGGUUGCAUUCUACGUGCGACCGUCGACAAAUGGACACCACGACAGGUCAUGUACGUGAAUUUCAUUGGCGAAUUAUUUUUGCGCCUUCUCAAGAGUCUCAUACUGCCACUGAUCGUAACGUCGCUGAUAACCGGCAUAUCAUCGUUGGACAUCCGUUUGUCGCGGAAAAUUGGUGCUCGUGCUGUUGCCUUUUACUUGACGACAACGUUUCUGGCAGUUGUAUUAGGAAUCAUAAUGGUUACUGUGAUCAGGCCGGGACUAGGAGGGACAGCCGAAGGUGGAAAGGGCGCAACUAAGAACGUUAAUACUGUUGAUACAUUGCUCGAUUUAGUGAGAAACCUAUUUCCGCCAAACAUAAUUCAAGCUUGUCUUGAGCAAUCGUCGACAAAUCUUACGCUGAAGGAAAAUGCUAAUCCGAACUCAACUCGUGACGAUGACUUUAAGAUUCAGGUCGUCUUUGUUCCUGGAACUAACAUUAUCGGUCUAGUGGCUAUAUCUACUGUCAUUGGAAUCGCCAUGAGUGCUUUGAACACGAGGCUCGCAAAUUUCAUCGCAUUGACAAAUAACUUGUACGUACUGACGAUGAAGUUAACAGCCUGGGCAAUGUGGUUAUCGCCACUCGGAAUAUUCUUUUUGGUGGUCGCCGAAAUCAUUAAAAUGGAAGAUAUGGAAAAACUAGGCAAAUCGCUGGGAUUGUAUUUUUUGACAGUUGUAUCCGGCUUAUUAAUUCAAGGCUUAGUAGUUCUGCCAAUAAUUUACUUCGUUUUGACCCGUUUCGAAAAGAAUCCGUUUCGAUUCAUACGAGGACUGUCCCAGGCAUUAGUUACCGCCUUCGGCACUUCGUCCAGCUCGGCAACGAUGCCCGUGACAUUGAAAUGUAUCAUCGAAAAUAACAAGGUGGACGAAAAUGUUGCGAAAUUUAUGCUUCCGAUUGGAUCAGCUAUAAAUAUGGACGGUACGGCAUUGUACGAAGCCGUUGCAGCUAUAUUCAUAUCACAACUGCGGGGUGUAGACCUUACAUUCGGAAAACUGGUUGCAAUCAGCAUAACCGCAACGGCAGCCUCGAUCGGAGCUGCCGGCAUCCCCAGUGCUGGUUUAGUAACUAUGAUUAUGGUCUUGGAUACAGUAGGCAUACCUGCAGAAGACGUUUCGUUAAUUCUGGCAGUGGACUGGUUAUUAGACCGUAUCCGCACAGUUGUGAAUGUGAUGGGUGAUGCUUUUGGUGCUGGAAUUAUAUACGAAUGGUCCAAAGACGAUAUACGUGAAUUGAGUGAACGGAAUAACAGUAGAGAACGGAAUCGCAGUGGUAACAGUCUAACAACGACACAGUCACGAAACCAGUCUAGUAUCAAUUUAGAACGCAAAUCGGACGAAAAUAAAUAAAUUUA